AUGGUAAGUCCGUGCUUGCGUUUGCUUUUGAACCAAAUCGAAAUCGAAGGCGACACCUCAAGCGGUGGUGGUAUGACGCGCUUAAGUCAGAUGAUAAAAGACGAAAUACCGGGCACGUACGUUCUCUCUGUGAAAUUGGGAUCCUCAAGCCUAAUUGACUUUUUGAACAGUUAUUUAAUGCCGAUAAACCAGCAAAUUGAGACGGUCUGCCAGAUGGUCCAUUCAGAUCCGAAUCUCUCAAACGGUUUUCACCUAAUCGGUAUCUCCCAGGCCGGUCUGUUUGUUCGUGCGCUCGCGCAACGCUGCCCACCAAAGGUCCUGGGCUCGGUGAUAUCGAUCGGCGGGCCCCAACAGGGUGUUUAUGGUCUGCCCCAGUGUCCCAACGCCACUGCCAACCCCUUCUGUCAAUACAUUCGGCGUGCGCUCUCGAAGUUCGCCUACACCGACUUCAUCCAGUCGAAGUUCACUCAAGCUCAAUACUGGCACGACCCACUCAAUGAGGCAGUUUACAAAGACAGAAGCCAGUUCUUGGCUGACAUCAACCAAGAGAAGAAACGAUUAGAACAAAGUGUCGACAUUAUUUGCCUUCCAUCCUCUCAGACUGUCAACGUGACGUACAGAAACAACUUACUAACAGCGGAUAAUCUGGUGCUGGUGCGGUUCUUGCACGACACUAUCGUUAUUCCCGGGGCCUCUGAGUGGUUUGGUUUCUAUCGCCCUGGGUCAGCCGAUACACUUUACGAUACCAAGGAAAGCAGCCAAUACAAGACGGAUAGUCUCGGCUUGAGGACGCUGGACAAACAAGGGCGCCUCCAUUUGAUCCCGUUGCCUGGCAACCAUCUACAGUUCUCUGACGAGUGGUUCCGUGACGUCAUAAUCAAGGUUUUCUUGAACGGCCGCACCUACACGUAA